GAAACCGGAAAAGGGUGUUGCUCAAAAGUGACGCGCUGUUCUCCGGCAGUAUUCUGCAUAGUUAUGUCAGCCUUGCCGUCAUUCAACUCAGGAAGGUGAACCACGGGAGGAGACUACGCCACAACGUAAAUUUAAGUAUUUGAUCAAAAAGUUGACAGAUCCGCUAUCAACGAUCGCCUUGCCCACACAUCUCCAAGCGAAAAGGAUGGCGCUGGCCAACGAGCAGAAAGAACUGCUGUUCAAAAUGCUGGAGGACAUGGGGGAGGACGACUUUAAUAGGUUCAAGUUCUUCACGCACCUGCCUGAAAGCGUACCCGAAAACGCCAAACGGGAAAAAAUUGCCAGCGAGCUGGUGAGGAAGCACGGCGAGAAUGCUCUGAAUGAGGCGAUCAAGAUUCUGGAGAAGAUCGGUAACAAAAACUUGGCUGAAAGGUUGCGUCGCAACAUCCUGGAAAUGAAAGGUGCUGUCUUCUCCGUCCAUGAUGAUGAUCAGAUUGCCAGUUCAAAAUGGAGCCGUAAGAUUGCCAAAAUGAAGAGGGACCUGCAAGACAACCUGCGGACUUUAUACAGCUUUGUUCCCGAGGGCAACACCGAGCGCUGGAAGCAGCAGCCUCUAGUGGAUGUCUACACAGAGCUCGACGUCACCUACGGGUCCGAUGUCAUGCCCGACAAGACACACGAGGUCCUCCAGAUGGAAACGUGCAUUGUGGCCAAGAAGUCCAUCCUGCCGUGCGACAUCUUUAAAAGCGCAGACGGGAAGCAGAGGCCAAUACGCACACUGCUCACUGUCGGUUUCGCGGGAAUUGGGAAAACAUUCCUUGUGCAAAAGUUUGUACGGGACUGGGCCAACGGAAUUACCAACCAGGACCUGCACUUCAUAUUCCCCCUCACCUUUCGUGAGUUGAACAAGGACAAAGGGAAAAGCUUUACGUUGGCCCAGCUCGUCCAACGCAAUGUCUGCGAGAGCAAGCACAUGACCGAGGAGACGCUGAGCAGUAUCUUUUCUGGCUUGCAGACAUCUGGGAAGCAGGACUACGAAAGCAGCGAGAUCAAGAUCUUGUUUGUCCUGGAUGGACUGGACGAGUGCAACUUCGAAAUGGACUUUAAGAAUGAAACCAAGGUGGAUAUCAAUGUAAAGGAUGCCUACCCGCUGGAGGUGCUCCUGGCACACCUCGUCAGAGGGAACCUGCUUACCUGCGCCCGGGUUUGGAUCACCACGCGACCCGCGACAGCCCGCGAUAUCCCCUCUGACCUCAUCGACAGCAGAACUAAGGUGAGAGGAUUCAGCGAUUUCCGGAGGCUGGAGUACUUCAGGAAAAGGUUCCCAAAUAGGGAGCGCAUCAUUGAGCACAUCCGGAAAUCUCGCACCAUUUUUUUCAUGUGCCACAUGCCCAUCUUCUGCUGGCUUAUCGCCACAGUUCUACAGGAUCAUUUGGACAAAGGAAUGGAGGGAGAGCUUCCCACAACGCUGACUGAUAUAUACACAGAGUAUGCGUUUAACCACCUUGAAAAUUCCAAUGAGAGACAAACUACGAAGUACAUCCAUUACGUGAAAGCGUUAGCAAAGCUGGCCUUUCACCACACCAUGAAUAGGCGUCAAAUCUUCUACGAGAAGGACCUGUUCGACUGCGGCUUUGAUUACGGCCAAGCCGCAAAACACUGCGGUUUGUUCAGUGUGGUGUUUAAGGAGGUACUUCCGCUGAGGAGAAACCAACAGGGCAAGAUGUUUCAGUUCGUCCAUUUGACCAUCCAGGAGUAUCUGGCCGCACUGUAUGUGGUAAUGAGCCUCUUCCACGACAACAAGAAUGUACUAGCUGAAUCAGAGCUGGCACAGGGAUGUGUUUCCAUUCCAAUCAUUCAGGUACACAAGUCAGCUCUCCAGAAAGCCUCUGAAAGUGAAGGUUACCUGGACCUGUUCCUUCGCUUCCUCUUUGGCCUUUCCUUGCAUUGCAACCAGGAACUAGUGGGGGAACUGCUGAAGGCUCCUAAGGACAGCGAGCAAAGCAAGUCGGACACAGUUGAGUUGAUCAAGGAAAGGAUAAAACAAAACACUCCAGAGAAGAACAUUAACUUGUUCUACUGCCUAAACGAGCUGAAUGACCACUCCUUGCUAAAGUACCUCCAACAGGAAAGAAAUUCAGGCCGUCUCUCCUGGAGCGAAAUGCCAAAUGACAUGUGGUCAGCUCUGGCCUUCUUCUUACUGACCUCUGACGAAGCCAUGAAUUCCUUCAACCUUCAGGAGUACUCCGGAUCGGCAUUGGGGCUCGAGAUGCUACUGUCAGUUGUCAAGGCUUCUCAAAAAUCUGUGCUACAUGGUUGUAACUUGGACAAACGCAGCUGUCACCUGCUGGCCUCCGUUCUCAGCUCUCCAUCCAACCUGAGGCAUCUGCACCUAAGCCUUAACAGUCUGUCGGACGAUGGGGUCGAUAUCCUCUCGAAAGGACUGGCCAGCCCACACUGCAUCUUAGAAGUCCUCAAGCUGUCACUGUGCAAGAUCACAGAGAAAGGAUGCAAUUCCUUGGCCAAGGCUCUCGAAUUAAACCUGUCCCAUCUUCAAGAGUUGGACCUGUGGGGCAACAAUCUUUUGGACGGUGGGGUUGAGAUCCUCUCAGAAGGACUGGCCAGCCCACACUGCAUCUUAAAAGUACUCAAUCUGAGAUCAUGUAAAAUAACAGCGAAAGGAUGCGUUUCGUUAGCCAAGGUUCUCAAGUUAAACCCCUCCCAUCUUCAUGAGCUGCACUUGAGCGACAACAGUCUGUCAGACGAGGGGGUCGAGAUCCUCUUGAAAGGACUGGCCAGCCCACACUGCAACUUAAAAGUCCUCGACCUACAUGACUGCAAGAUCACGAAGCAAGGAUGUGUUUCAUUGGCUGAGACUCUCAAGUUAAAACCCUCUCAUCUUCAAGAGUUGGACCUAAGCGCGAACAAUCUGUCGGACGAGGGGUUGGAGAAUCUCUCGAAAGGACUGGCCAGCCCAGACUGCGUCUUACAAGUCCUCAGGCUGUCGUCCUGCAAGAUCACGAAGCGAGGGUGCGAUUCAUUGGCCGAGGCUCUCAAGUUAAACCCCACCCAUCUUCAAGAGCUGCAACUGAACUUCAACGAUUUGUCGGACGAGGGGGUCGAGAGCCUCUCGAAAGGGCUGGCUAACCCAGACUGCAACUUAAAGGUCCUCAGGCUGGUUAAGUGCAAGAUCAAGAAGGGAGGAUGUGUUUCAUUGGCUGAGGCUCUCAAGUUAAACCCUUCCCAUCUUCAAGAGCUGGACCUUAACAUAAACAGUCUGUCGGAUGAGGGGGUCAAGAUCCUCUUGGAGGGACUGGUCAGCCCAUACUGCAACUUAAAAGUACUUGGGCUGGUAAAUUGUGGGAUCAAGAAGCAAGGAUGCGUUGCAUUGGCCUCUGCUCUAAAGUUCAAACUCUCCCAUCUUCAAGAGCUGUUCCUGAGCAAAAACACUCUGUCAGACGAGUGUGUCGAGAUCCUCUCGAAAGGAUUGGCUAGCCCACCCUGCAACUUAAAAGUCCUGGAGCUGGAACACUGCGGAAUCACAAAGCGAGGAUGCGAUAUAUUGGCCAAGGCUCUACAUUUCUCCUGUCUUGAAAUGCUGGUUAUUAGAGGAAAUAACCUUAGUGAAGAAGGAAAAAGGGUCUUCAAGGAGGUAGAAAGAGGUCUCCGCUCUCAACUGAAGAUUUUCUGUUAGGAUCAGGGGUCGCGUUAACCGAAUAUUUUCCGUCGUUGACCGUUUUUUUAAAACGGUGACGGAAAAAACUGAAGUCCGUCCGUCAUUUUGACAGGUUGCAAUUCACACCCCAGACCACAGGGUGGCAUAUUAAUUAGCUAUUGUCUCUCUUAAUGCAUGACGUCGUUGGCUAUUCUGUCAGAAUCCUCUCGAAUAUUGUAGCGUCACCGUGGUCUGGCGGCAGCACCGUGAUUGACACAUCAACGCGAGGUUCUUAUUGGUGCACCCGGUGUGCCAGCGCGUCAUCCAAUUGGUGGACUAGAUUGUCGCCUGUGUAUAGACAAGUUUCCGAGGUACUUCCGGUUUACUUCCUUAUGUCUUCCUUCCCCUUCCGUUUCCGCCUGUUUACCGUUGAAGUCAAUGGCGGUGGAAUCGAAGUUGGGAGGUCUUUAUACAAGAUCCCGGGAAUGUUAUUUUGAUGUAGGCGGGUGGAGAACCAAGCCAAGGCCUCCAUGCUUCGUACCAUGUCGAUUUCCAAACCAUGGGUGCUCGUACUCGUCAUACAGGUGGGAGGGAAGGAGAUGGACAAAACUGACAGCUCCUGCAGUCAUGCCCCCGCUGUUAUGGAAGGUAAUGUGCUCUAAAAAUACGAAACCUAAAAUCUGGCGCAUGAAACGACUUGUUGCCUUUGCUAUUGAUAUUACGAUGAUGAUUGUAAUUAUGAAGUUUAAUCAUUUUUACAACAACUAGCUUCUGCUACUGCUGCUAGCCGCCUGUUGCUAAUCGUGUUUGAAUGCACCGCAUAAAUCCAACUGUUACAAGUUUUUAUUCGUUUGUUUACAGCUGGGAAAUGCUGUUAUAAAAGAGAAGACAACUUGACUUGUACGUUGAUGGACAUAUAUCGAACAUAUAUAGUUUGCGUUCCACAAUGAUGAUGACAGCUCGACUCCCGGGAGAGGCCGAGAGAGGCAGGAAUUGUGACAGACGGUGGUUCGCCGAGAUCGCCGUGAUCCAACUACGAACUUGUGAACGGUAGCGUCUUUAAAUAUAUGCUAUUGGAGCUGGAAUUACCGAGGACGGGAAAAAAGCACAUCUAAAUGCCGCCGAGGGCCUCCGUGAUGUCGCUAUUUGUUCACGAGGCUCCGGAGCUCUGCGGUCUGAUAUCACAUUCUCGUAUGCUAUUUUUGCAAUACUUUUAUAAAUGUGAUUUAUUGACCUGUUUUGGAGUGCACCAAUCGUUUUAAAUAAAACAAGAAAUUGAAUCAUGUCUAAAUGUUUUAUUGCGAUCAAUGCCUGCAAUAAAAAAAAGAAUGACAAACUAUUUGUGUUUACAUCAUAUGUACAUAGCCUUGUAGCAUUUCCUUGUAACAAAACAAUCCAUGUCAGCCCUUCUGCAGUCGGCAAAUGUAAUAUAACUUGUAAUUUCACCACAUUUUGGUCACUAAUGGCCGUAGUAUCAAUCCAUUCCUCACGUUAACACAGGCUGACCGUUGUUAAUAAUUUUGUCCACGAAUGAUCAACGAAGUGACACGAACUGCCAUCCAAUCUCACCUACGUGUCAUCUAGGUCGUGCUGAAUCAAUUUUUGAAGAUUCCAUGGGUUUCUCUGGCUUGAUUUCGUAGUUUUAUCGUCAUCAAUACACUGCUAAUACACUGCUACUCGACCGGACCGGAAGUGCGAAGCAGACAUUUUCCAAGAUGGCGGCGCCCGUAUUUCGCUCAGGAAACUUGUCUAUAGACCCCAAUCACAUGACGUCACAACUCCCAGGCAUGAAAAUGGGUCAGGGGUUAAAAAGGUGAGAAAGGUGUGGAGGAAAUAUGUUCCGGCGUUCUGCACAAAAUGUCCGCCGUCGGCAAAACGUCCUACAUGUGGCGAAUUUGACCAUUUUAAUUUUUCACAUAAGGCUUAAUAUUCGAGUUAACGGGGGUUUAAUUAGUUGAAGGAGUUGAUUUCAACCACCAUUGACUCGCGCUAGCUUAGCCACUCCGGAGCCCUGAAACUAACAAAUAACUUUCAAACUGCACAGAAUUUGUUCAAAUCAUUUCCAAUGACUAAUUAAACCCCGGCUAACUCAAAGAUUAAGCCUAAUGUAAAAAAUUCUGAACUUCCCCUUUAAAAUAAAGACCAUUGAAUAUGGCCCUUAAAAUGUUGUCUAUAAAAGUUUUAGAGCAAUAAAACAAACAAAACAAAUGAAUAAAAUGAACAGGAAUCCUUCAAAGUAUUUCAUAAUGGGUCCAAAUUAUUUUUCGAACAGAUCAUGUGACUAUAGAACCUUAGAGACAGCCGUUUGCAUUGCUUAGCCAAAACUACAGCUGAGGAGGCAAGAUGGAUAUUUAGAAUUUCUUUAAACUUAAGCUUUCAAAACCCUCAACAACAACUGAGCUUGAACCGAGGAUUGAGCACGAGCAGUAUCAAAAAGUCCUGGCUGUCGUGUUACCUGUUGUGCUGUAAUUCCAAGUGGUGCUUGAAUUGGAUGCUUAUAGCGGUGGACAGUCUUUUUGAGCCAGCGCAAAGUUUGCAGCGCACGGGGAUAUUUUUGUUAUCUUUACUGGACAAAAAUGUGAAGUAAUGGCUGUGUUUCCAGUGUGCAAAUGCAGCCGUUUGUAGUAUAUCUCCUGCCUAUUUCAUUGCAUCCUGGUGAGGUAGCAAGGCUAUGUUGUUUUGGCCGCAAACUCCCAGCGCUCACGCAUCAUGGUAAUACACGAGACCCUUUUUGUUCCAUCCCCGAUUAAAAAAUGUGACAUGUGAUGUCACUCCCAUGACUACAGUAUUCUUCAUUCUACACACAUUAUGGGGCAAUAACAAAAUAGUAACGCACAGGCAUCAAGGAAAGUAAUUUUACUCAGAUUACUGAUUUAGAAAAAUGAACGCGUUAGAUUGUUCUUUACUGAAAGAAAGUAAUCAGAUUAGUUACGCAUUACGAUACCGCGUUAUUGACAACACUGCUUUUAUAUUACCGUUAAAUACACAAGCUUGACGCUACCUUAACGGGAGCUAUUUUUUCACCGGACGCUCCGGCAGUGUUCAACGCAAGCUGCAACGAACGGCAGUAACUUUGUCAUACCACAAAAUAUGAAAACGAAAACCAUUACUCACUAAAUUCAAUAUGCUGGCAAAUGCAUUCAUCUAAAAACAAUUGGGAGUGAUACUUUACCUCCUCCAGCGAAUGUGAAUUUGUGCUUAGUACAAGAUCAUCUCUCGCAAUUAGCGAUCUUUGACGCUCUUUUUUUUUUUUCCUCCCCGCAUACAAACUUGUUUCUCUCUCAGCGGCUGUGAUUAACCUCAAUGAAGUUGCUGUCAUAGCUAAGCCUUGCCUAUCAUUCGUCUUUGUAAGUUUUUAGUAACUUUGUGUAUUGAAUUUGAAAGGAAAAUGUGUGUUUUGUUUUUGACGAACUUUUUCAUGAAGCUAAACGGUUGAAGCUACUCACAUGUGGAAAAAUACGAGUGUACAACGUUUUAAAUGUAUUCAUUUGGUAUAUUUCAGUUACC